AUGUCAACAGACGAGUUUGUUGCGAGUUCUCAUAUUCUGCACCGGUCCUUCUCCGAACGGCCGGCCAAGAUUGUCGCUGGCGAUGGCAUCAACCUCGUCUUAGAAAACGGAAAAACAGUGAUUGACGCCAGCUGCGGGCCAUCGGUUUCCUGCCUUGGUCAUACACAGCCUGAGAUAACAGAUGCAAUUAUCAAUCACCUGAAAAAUGACAUUGCCUACGUUUACUCGGGCUCGCCGUACACCAACGGUGCAGCAGAAGAACUCGGGGAUAUACUGUUAUCACACAAGCCUGGGGGUCUGUCAAAGGCGAUAUUCGUUAACUCUGGCAGCGAAGCAACCGACGCAGCCCUUAAGCUGGCCAUACAGUAUUGGCAUGAACUCGGACAGCCUCAACGGACACACUUUAUUUCCAGGAAGCAGAGUUACCAUGGAAACACCAUUGGUGCACUCUGUGUGUCGGGCCAUGACUCUAGGAGGGAGUUCUACCAGUCCUUUAUGUCUCAGAACGUUUCCUUCCUCGACCCCUGUUACGCGUACCGGAUGAAGCGGAAAGGCGAGUCAGACAGCGAUUUUACUGAACGACUUGCCUCCCAAUUCGAAAAUGAGAUCCUGCGAAUAGGCCCUGAUCGCGUUGCUGGAUUUGUAGCUGAGACUGUCAGCGGCACUACACUGGGAUGCCUGCCCCCGGUACCGGGAUAUUUCAAAGCCAUCCGUGAUAUCUGCGACAAGUACGGCGUCCUAUUGAUACUGGACGAAAUCAUUUGUGGCAUGGGCAAAACGGGUACAAUGCACGCAUGGGAGCAGGAAAGGAUCUCUGGUCCUGAUAUUCAGACGAUUGGAAAAGCCCUCGGAGCUGGCUUCGUCCCUCUUUCUGGCGUAUUGUUACAUCAAAGAAUUUUUGAUGCGCUAUCUGCCGGUUCGAAGAAGCUGGCACACGGCCAUACGUUUCAGGCUCACCCCCUUGCCUGUGCCGCUGCGGUUGCAGCUCAGAAGAUCAUCAAGCGAGAUAAUCUAAUUGAGAGAGUGGCACGGAUGGGUGACAAGCUAGAAUUACUUCUGAGGAAGGAAAUCGAACCCCUUCCUCUUGUUGGGGAUAUCCGUGGCCGUGGCCUCUUCUGGGCCAUCGAAUUCGUCCAGGACAAACAAUUAAAGACGCCUUUCUCUCCUAAAGUUGACUUUUGCGGUCAGGUUGUGCGGCAGUCUCUUGAGCUGGGAUUGAACGUUCUUGGUAACCUGGGUGUCACUGGUGAAUAUCAGGUUGACCAUGUCCUUGUUUGCCCGCCAUAUAUCGUCACAGACCAUGAGUUGGAAAACAUCGUCCAUCUGCUAAAGACUGCUAUAGUGAAGACGAGCCAGCCUUUCCUUCGGUCGGCACAUACAAACGGGCAAGCAAAUGGGCAGACAAACGGCACGACUAAGUAUUAG